AGGAUCACUAGCGCUUCUCGGCUGCGCAAUGUGUCAUUUGCGCGUGGUUUAAGCAAAGUUCUUGGUGGUUUUCCGCGUGGGAUUACUCUGCAUGCUGUAAUCAUCUCAUUAUUAACUGUGACGCUGCAUUUUUUUGCUCGAGCUAGUCUACCUGCACGUUAUAUAAUCUGACGAAACUCGCUGCGUCGGCGCGAAGUGGACUGGGAGCGUAGAAAUGGGCCAGACAGAGUGCGUCGACCAUUUCUUGGAGAAAAUAAGCAACCUAGAACGUCAGCUGUCCAUCAAAGAGCACAUAACUAGGCUAGAAGGACACAUGUCGCUGGUCAAGGACUUGCACGACAGUGCCACCCGCAUCGAAACUGAUGUGCGAUGGGUACUGGGGCAGCUUGCUAUUAUGCUCAGUGACGUAAAAAUAAGUGCUGGGCAAGAGGACGCAAAGGACGCUGUGUUGCUCGACCUGGCGUUGGUGGCCAAGGAUGGUACCGGCGACCGCUGCUGCCCGUGCCAGUGCCAUGCAAAGAAGGAACCGGUACCAUCAAAUAGUGGUGAUGGCACUCAAGACUGGAAACCACCAGAGGGUUCAAAUGUCACAGUAGCAGAUUUGGUGAAGGCGGCAGCACAGGAAGCUGUUGACUCUACUGAUUAUGUUUUCAAUGAAGAGUAUCAGAUGUACUACAGUGUUUCAACAGGUUGCUACUAUGACCCAUCGACACAGCUUCUUUAUGAGCCAACUUCAGGUACCUACUACCGCUACAAUGCAGAGGCAGGAAGCUACGAAGUGCAUUCUCAAGUACAGCCCAGCAAAGCACGCAAAGUUCGGAAGCCAAAACGCAAGCGCAAGAAGCUCGAGCCGAAAGACGAGUCAGCUGCGGAGCAGUCUGUGGAAGAAGGGGAGGUGGAAGACAGCUGCACCGACGAGAGUGCCAGUGCAACCGACGAGAGCAGCAGCGCAGAUGAAGAAGAUCCUGCCAGCCAGCAGCCUCCGUGCAUUCGUCUUGUACUAAAGGAGCCACAAGACUUGGUGCAGCAUAGGCUGUACUUGGUGACACUUCCAGGCGCCACUUUGGGAACCCACGCUGAUCAUGCACUCUGUCUUCCCAAUGUGGACAGCGUAGAUGAGACUCAUGCAGAGCUGCGCUAUUCUGAAGAUCAAGGGGGUUACCUGCUCAAGGAUCUACAGAGCCAGGCUGGAACUUCAUUGAAUGGCGUUCCAUUAGAGCAGGGCCAAGAGUCACUGGUGCAACACAUGGACAGACUGAAGCUGGGCUCAGUCCAUUUGGAAGCACACAUACACAGAGGCCACAACACGUGCACUCGCUGCGAGCCAGGGCUCAUGGACUCUCCCUUGGAACAGCAGGAGUCACAGAGGGCCCCAUCGCCCAGUUCCGAGGCCAAACGUCGAGCGCAGCUCAAGAAACUUAAGGCUAAAUAUGGUCUGAAGGGCAUGGAGUAUGUUGCGAGGAGUCCACCAAGAGGUUAUCAGGAUCGUGCUCAAGAACGCAGAGAAACUCGUGGAAGCAACUUUCCUCAUGAACGGGACUCAGAGCCAGCGAGUGUAGACAAACCAUUGCAACAAGACAACAUAGGCUUCAAGCUGCUGCACAAGAUGGGCUGGAAAGAAGGUGCUGGCUUAGGAAAAAAUCAGCAGGGAGCCACUGAGCCUGUCAAGGUGACCUCCAGAAACACUCGCAAAGGUUUGGGCCACAGUGGUCCCAAAGUGGAAGACCAGCGGAGCCACAUUCUCAACAAGACACGGGAGCGGUAUCAGGCUAUCGCUGAAAAGGAAGCCACCACUGGGUUGAGUCCAAAACAAGAAAAUACUUGACGUGCCUUAGCAGCAUACUGCACGUGUUGUUACUGUGAGCCUUUUAAUUUUCGGAUGGAAUUGGGGGGGCUCUUACAUAUUGUACACCCUUGCAGUUUUUACCAAUAAAGUAUAAAUUUAAAAUUGGUUGAAAGUGACA